CGCGCGCGCUAGAAAGUAAGUGCUGUGUGACUUGUGAACAUGCGGUGUUUUGUGUUCUUGGUGGUGUUAGCGGCGGCUGGAGUAACGGAGCCUACUGUCGAACCCAAAGCGGCCGGCGCUGUCGACAACAACGCGACAGACACAGAGGAACCGCCUGAGGGAUACUAUGCCUUCGUUGAGUCACCGAAUGCUACGCCUCCUAGGGUACGCCCCCCUCCGUACCGGCAGGUGGCGACGGAGUGCGCGGGCUCGGACGAGACGCGCGCGCACGUGAGCGCCAACAACCUGUGCGGGGACCUCAACCGGGGGCUCAUACCGCGGAACCCCAUGGGGCAGAACCCCAAUGGGGAGCCGUACCCUUUCGACCUAAUCCGCAACCAGACUCUACGGUUCCUCUCCCGGACUCUGCCGGUUCUGCGCGCGGACGACGCCCUGCCGCGAGUGGCGCACAUGCCUCCCGCACACUACACGCCACAGCCCAGCCCCGCGCACGACAUCGACCACAACAGGCUUGAGGAACGCGCGAAGAGGUCGGUGGAAGACGAGGCGCUGCAGGCAGAGCACCGCGCCAACGACGAGCCCCGCGACACUGGCUUCUGCGCGAAUGGCGGGGUAUUCUGUAUGCUCUACCGAGCCAUCAACGGUGAGAGUGCUGGCCCUGAACGUCGAGAGGACCCUGGAGUUACCCCACACGCUCCUCACUCUCCGCCACACAGAUAUGAGGGCCCACCCACACCAUGCCCGGCGAGAGUGGAAUACGCAACUCCGGUAUUCGCCCGCAACUACCAGGGAGUGUGGAGAUACGUAGUCCAGAUACCAUACGAAGGAUAUUUCACACAAACGGUUGAGGUCACAAGGUGCAUGCAAGCCCGCUGCCACUACCUGGACGGUGGCUGCCUGUCAUCGCCGCGCUGGGUGUCGCUACUGGUGGCGGAGCUGCACUACCCGCCCGACGGCGCGCAGGAGGACGCCAGCACCGCGCGGACGUGCGACGGCCAGGACGAGUACGGCUGUUAUCAGGUGCGUCUCUACUACGACUGGUUCCUCGUCCCUGGCUCGUGCAAGUGCUGGCGGCCGGACUACUUCGCGCGAUACGUCAGACGCGCUAGACAGGACUUGUAGAAAGGAACUUGGAAGGUCAUGGACCCAUGGGAUAUAAUAUUAUAACGUCCCGGACAAUAUAAAAGGUG